AUGCUAACCAGUACCUCACAUGCAGAAGCCUUCAGAAAUCCCGCCCCUCCCCCACCAGGCAAGAGCCGACAGAACAGCCAACAGAACAGCCGACAGAACAGCCAACAGAACAGCCAACAGAACAGCCGGCAGAACAGCCGACAGAACAGUCAACAGAACAGCCAACAGAACAGCCGACAGAACAGCCGACAGAACAGUCAACAGAACAGCCGGCACAACAGCCGACAGAACAGCCAACAGAACAGUCAACAGAACAGUCGACAGAACAGUCAACAGAACAGCCAACAGAACAGCCAACAGAACAGCCGACAGAACAGCCGACAGAACAGUCAACAGAACAGCCGGCAGAACAGCCGACAGAACAGUCAACAGAACAGUCGACAGAACAGUCAACAGAACAGCCAACAGAACAGCCAACAGAACAGCCGACAGAACAGACUACAGAACAGCCGACAGAACAGUCAACAGAACAGCCGGCAGAACAGCCGACAGAACAGCCGACAGAACAGUCAACAGAACAGCCGGCAGAACAGCCGACAGAACAGCCAACAGAACAGUCAACAGAACAGUCGACAGAACAGUCAACAGAACAGCCAACAGAACAGCCGACAGAACAGCCGACAGAACAGCCGACAGAACAGUCAACAGAACAGCCGGCAGAACAGCCGACAGAACAGUCAACAGAACAGUCGACAGAACAGUCAACAGAACAGUCAACAGAACAGCCAACAGAACAGCCAACAGAACAGCCGACAGAACAGCCGACAUAACAGCCGACAGAACAGCCGACAGAACAGCCGACAGAACAGCCGACAGAACAGCCGACAGAAAGGCCGACAGAACAGCCAACAGAACAGCCGACAAAACAGUCAACAGAACCGCCGACAAAACAGUCAACAGAACAGCCGACAGAACAGCCAACGGAACAGUCAACAGAACAGCCGACAGAACAGCCAACGGAACAGUCAACAGAACAGCCGACAGAACAGCCGACAGAACAGUCAACAGAACAGCCGACAGAACAGCCGACAGAACAGCCAAUAG